AUGGAACAAUUCUCUCAUUUUCAGGUUGUCGCCGUUACCCAUAGAUCAACACCAAAGAUGUCCGGAGGACUGGAAGUACUCGCCCUCAAAGAUGAGGAUAUGUUGAAAUUCCUGGCAGCAUCUGCUCACCUUGGAUCUUCCAAUGUGGAUUUCCAAAUGCUGCAGUAUGUGUUCAAGAGAAAGCCAGACGGUAUUUACAUCAUCAACUUGAAGAAGACUUGGGAGAAACUGCUUUUGGCUGCCAGGGCCAUUGCUGCCAUUGAGAACCCAGCUGAUGUGUGCGUCAUCUCAGCUCGUCCUUAUGGCCAGAGAGCUGUGCUCAAGUUUGCCUCAGCUACUGGUGCCACCCCAAUUGCUGGUCGCUUCACUCCUGGAACCUUCACCAAUCAGAUCCAGGCUGCUUUCCGUGAGCCCCGUCUGCUGGUGGUGACUGACCCCCGCACAGAUCACCAACCCGUAACUGAGGCCUCCUACGUGAACAUCCCAGUCAUUGCUUUCUGCACCACUGACUCUCCCCUCACUCACGUGGAUGUUGGAAUCCCCUGUAACAACAAGGGUCAGCAGUCGAUUGGUCUCAUGUGGUGGCUCCUGGCUCGUGAGGUUCUCCGCCUGAGGGGAACCAUCUCCCGUGACCACCCAUGGGAGGUCAUGCCUGAUCUCUACUUCUACCGUGACCCCGAGGAGGUGGAGAAGGAAGAGAAGGAGGCCUUGGAGAGGGCCAAGGAGGAAGUCACUGUACCACAGCCAGAAUGGACUGGCGAUGCUGGUAUCGGAGUCCAGGAUGUCGGUGAGUGGGCCUCUGAGGUCCCUGUGGGCGGAGCUCCUCUGCCCGCCGGUGGCGCCACCUUCCCUGCUGUCACCACUGACGACUGGGCCGUGCCCAAGAUGGAGGACUGGUCCGCUGAGGCCGCCCCUCCCCCUGCCCCGGCCGGUGAGGGUACCGCUCCGGCUGCUCCACCCCCCACCAGCAGCUGGGGAGGAUCUGUCCCAGAGGAGAGCUGGAACUAAGUCCUGGUGUCCCUCUCGCGUCUACAUGAUGUGCGUCUACGUUUUUGCCAACCGAUUCGGUUGCCGUGAUUUGCGUUGCAUCUGAACGUAGCGAAUAAACGACACCUCUACGAUUA